UGGAGAGACAGAAGAGGAAGGACUUGAAUCCAGCGGCCUUCGGAAACCGUCCAUCGCACGAGGGAACGCUCAAAAGCUCUAAGGCGACAGAAGCAGUAACCGAUCUAGGGUUUGUCUCGCAGGCCGAAUCCAAGAUAUCUCGGCCCCGGACUUGGGGCUUCGAACCUCCCUCAAUCUCGGUUAGCAAAGGGUUAAUUUAGGGAGGAUCAUAUCCCUGAUCCAUCACUGAAUUUUUGCUGAAAUCGUGAAAAAUUAAUUACUAAUAAAUCGUAUUUUGCUUCCUGAUUUGUCAAUCCACAACAUCAUCUGUUCAUUUUGGGUUGCAACAGCCAUUUGCUGGUGACUUUGAGUUGAUCAUGAUGAAAACACAUGAACGUGCUGCAAAUUUUGCGCUUUUAGGUUUGACCUUAGCCCCACUUGUUGUGAACGUAAACCCCAAUGUUAAUGUAGUUUUAACAGCAUGCCUGACUGUUUACGUCGGUUGCUAUCGGUCAGUCAAGCCAACACCACCAUCGGAGACGAUGUCAAAUGAACAUGCCAUGCGAUUUCCUCUAGUUGGGAGUGCAAUGCUGUUAUCACUGUUUCUACUUUUCAAGUUCUUCUCCAAAGAUUUGGUUAAUGCUGUACUGACAUGUUACUUCUUUGUUCUUGGGAUUGUGGCUCUCUCGGCAACAUUAUUACCAGCAAUCAAGCGUUUUCUUCCACGACAUUGGAACGAUGAUCUCAUUGUUUGGCGUGCUCCUUAUUUCCAUUCUGCUUCACUGGAAUUUACCAGGUCUCAGGUCGUUGCAUCAGUACCAGGAACCUUUUUCUGUGUUUGGUACGUUCUGAAAAAGCAUUGGUUGGCGAACAAUAUUUUGGGGAUUGCAUUCUGCAUUCAGGGAAUUGAAAUGCUAUCCUUGGGGUCAUUUAAAACCGGUGCCAUUCUCUUGGUUGGACUAUUCUUUUAUGACAUCUUUUGGGUAUUCUUCACUCCGGUAAUGGUUAGUGUUGCUAAAUCUUUUGAUGCUCCAAUAAAGCUUCUAUUCCCAACAUCUGAUGCUGCACGACCAUUUUCCAUGCUUGGCCUUGGUGAUAUUGUUAUUCCUGGGAUUUUUGUUGCAUUAGCAUUGCGCUUUGAUGUGUCAAGAGGAAAACAACUACGCUACUUCAGUAGUUCCUUUUUGGGAUACACUGUUGGGUUGGUCCUCACAAUUAUUGUCAUGAAUUGGUUUCAAGCUGCACAGCCCGCUCUGCUUUAUAUAGUUCCUGGUGUUAUUGGAUUUGUAGCUGCUCAUUGCCUUUGGAAUGGGGAAGUAAAACCGCUAUUGGAGUAUGAUGAAUCAAAAUUGUCGACCGAACCCAGCAGCAGUUCCACACAAGAUGGAGAAACCAAAGCCGACAAGAAAGUGGAUUAGUUGUUCAUUUUGGUUGUCAAAACAAUUAUGAUAUUUUGUCACAGGUGCUGUUCAACUAAUAUCAGAGCGUUGCUCUAAAUAGGCUUUGAAACGUUAAAAAAGAGUUUUACAAGUACAAUUAAAUAUUAGUAUCA